AUGGUGGUGUCCAUUGAAGACUCCUUUGACCAGGACGACUGGGAUGCUUGGCAGAAGUUCAAAGCUAGUGCAGGCAUCCAGGUGGUGGGCGAUGACCUCACAGUGACCAACCCUAAGCGGACUGCCAAGGCUGCAGGCGAGAAGUCUUGCAACUGCCUCCUCCUCAAAGUGAACCAGAUCGGCUCAGUGACUGAGUCUCUGCAGGCGUGUAAGCUGGCCCAGCCCAAUGGCUGGGGCGUCAUGGUGUCCCACCGAUCUGGGGAGAUUGAGAACACUUUCAUCACUGACCUGGUGGUGGGGCUCUGCACUGGGCAGAUCAAGACUGGUGCCCCUUGCCGUUCUGAGCGCCUGGCCAAGUACAGUCAGAUCCUUAGAAUCAAGGAAGAGCUGGGCAGCAAAGCCAAGUUUGCUGGCAGGUCCUUCAGGAACUCCCUGGCCAAGUAA